UCCAGCCGCCUACCAGCUCUCGACGCGACAUUCUCCGGCCCCGCUUCAAUCUCCCCCUCGUUCUCAUCCUGGUAUUUCUUUCCCUUGUAUCCCCCGGCUCAUCUCAUAGGGGGUACGUGGUUGCCGCCUUUGGGCUCCUCCAACAAAGAUCAUCCCCUGCUUGCUUGUGCACACGCUAUCCGUGUCCCAUGCACCCACACGCAAGGUGUUUGAUGGAAUGCUUAGGAGGACAUGAACUAUGGAUUCUUAAUGAUCAGGUAUGCUUUGAAAUAAUUUGGGCUGGUGCCUGGUGGGAGGGACAUGAUCAAGUUAAAAUGCUUCUUUUUGCGAGGGAAAGUUAAAAUGCUUUAGUUUCUUAUUACUGCCUUGUUUGGCUUAGAGCAGGUGCAUAUUCAUGAGCACCUCAAACAUAGUCUUGGGAAAAUUGCUGUCUGACGUGUAGUCUUUAUAUAGCAUUCUGAAAGCAUGUUUGAAGGAAUAUCUACUACUUGGUAUAGCACUUAAAGCCCUCAGUUCUAUGAAAGUAGUUGGAUGCUCUUCACCUGCUUGCUACCGAGAAAUUCUAUGGAGUUCUCUAUGUGACAAGAGAACUAGUCUAAGAAAAUGGAUCAGAGAGACCUGAAACACUUGAGAACGCCGGACAGACUAGAAUACAAGCCGAGAAUAAGUUGUUAGACUAGCCACAAUUCCAUCUCUAUGACGAGUAAAUAGCAUAAAACUACUAGUUUACAGGCUUUGGUUUCAAAAAACUACCACUUUUUAUUUUUUCUCAGAAAGCUACCAAACGCGCGGUCCGCUGUUUCAAAAAACCCAAACCCUCGCUGACUAGCGAUUUAACCAUUUUUCUGACGGAUCGGGCCCAUCUGUCAGCCCACGUGGCCACGCGCGCUCAUGGCGCGGCUGUUAAUGGCCGUUAGCCGACCGGCCCGGUCGGAACUGGGGUAAAUAUACCCGCUCGGUCGGUCUGGCGCACCCGCAGCUCGCUCACUCUCUCGUGCUCGCUCACUCCCCUUCCCCUGCUCUUAGUCCCCUGCUCCAGUACGAGGUCGCCGCCGCUCGCCGUCUUCGAGGCCGGUGGCCGUCGACCUCCUUGCCGCAAUGCCUUCCUGGAAUGACGAGGAAACCAGCUCGGAGGAGGAGUGCGAGGCUGUCAGCAUGGACAUGGGACUUAUGGAGGAACCAGACACCACUGUGGAGCCCCUUUUCUGUGGCCAACUUGAGCUUGCUCAUCCCAAGUGCAUUCUGCACCAACUGAGGCCUAUUAAGCGUGUUGCUUUUGAAGGGCCUGUAACAGGAAGGCAUUUCUAUGGCUGCCCAGUCCAGGAAAAUGGUGUGAAUUGUGGUGUUGUAGAGUGGGUUGAUGGGCCUUGGCCAACUGUUCUUCAGAGAUGUUUGUGCAAGCUAUGGGAGAUGUUCCAUGAGCAGAACAUUGGAAGGGUACAGGACAAGGAGAAGUUUGAGAAGGAGUUGGCCAGGCUUAAGAGUGAACAUGAUAGGGAGUUGGCCAAGCUUAGGAAUGAAAAUGACAAGCUUUGCAUUGAGUACACCAAGCUUGUUGAUGAUGUAUCCAAGAUGUUUGAUUGGCAGGAUGGUAGGGUGGACCAGAAACAAGUGCAGGAGGAAGAACUUGAGAAGAAGAAGAAGGAGCUAGAGGAGAAAGCUAUGUUGGAGGUGCAGAUGGAAAAGCUCAAACUUGCAAAAGAGAAAAGGUGCAUUUUGCAGAGCCAAGCUGAUAUCAUCAAGAACACCAGGAAGGCUAUGAAGGAUGUUCAAGUUGACAGAGAUGUUCUUAAGAAGGAGAAGGACAAGCUUGAGCUUGUUGUUGCUGAGCUGCUGAAAGAUGGCUAUGGCAGCAAGGAGAAGUUAGAGCAAAUCAAGGCCAUCCUUGAGUCUCGAACUUGCUGUGAUAUGUUGGUGAAGUAAGUACAUCCAAAGGCCUUUAUAUAAGGAAGUGGCUUGGCAUGACUGCAAGUGAUUAUGGGUGUACAUUUUGGGGGAAUGUGAAGUUUAACCUAGUGUAAGAACCUUAUUUCCUAUGUUGUUAAGUUGUAAUGGAUCACCUAUGGUAUUAAGUGUUGUAAUGGAUCUCCUAUGCUAUUAAGUAGUGGAAAUGGAUCUCUUAUGC